UCUUCGUACCAAGUUCGUAGUAAAUUAAGACAAUGUACUCAUAGAACGGUUUAUACAUUUUGCAACUAAUUUUUCAUUACAAUGUCGAAAGCAAAAGUAUCCGCAGAAUGGAAGAAACGAGUAAAAUCGGAAUACAUGCGUUUACGACAAGUGAAACGUUAUAAACGGGCAGAUGAGGUAAAAAUAGCUUGGAAUCAAAAUCGUAAGGUUAUGUCAGAACUUUUAAUCGCUGAACAAAAACGAUGGGCAGAUGGAAAAGCAAUGUGGCUUGCGAUGCAAGAUAUACCACCUCAUGUAUCGUGUAUGAAAAAAGCAGAAGUAACCAGUUCCGACAGCGAUAUACAAACUUGUCCUGUUAAAAUCAUUAACGCGGUCACUCCUAUACCAACUAUGUAUACUUGGGCUCCGAUACAACAAAAUUUCAUGGUUGAAGAUGAAACUGUUUUACAUAACAUACCGUACAUGGGUGAUGAAAUUUUAGAUCAAGAUGGUACAUUUAUCGAAGAACUAAUUAAAAAUUAUGAUGGGAAGGUGCAUGGAGAUAGAGAAUCAGGUUUCAUGGAUGAUUCAAUUUUUGUGGAUUUGGUAAAUGCUUUGGUACAGUACGAAAAGGAAGACAAGGAAAGGGAACAAGUAAAGAAAGGAAGGGACAAGGAAGAUGAUAAAGAAAAAGAUAAAAGAGAUGGCAUUGCCAAAAUAGAAAUCAAAGUUGAAAAAUUACUGGAAGAAGUUAAGACUGAUAAAAAUCCAUUUCCAUCUAUGCAUAUAUUUAAUGCAAUAUCUAGUAUGUUCCCUGACAAAGGUAGGCCAGACGAAUUGAAAGAAAAGUAUAUAGAAUUAACGGAGAGGUCAGAUCCAAACAUUUUACCACCAGAAUGUACACCAAAUAUUGAUGGAGUGAAUGCAAAGAGUGUACCUAGGGAACAAACCAUGCAUUCCUUUCAUACCCUCUUCUGUAGAAGAUGUUUCAAAUACGAUUGCUUUCUUCAUCCAGCCAGGGGAGUGUCGCCGUCAGGACUCCAAGUUUGUCAUCCAGGACCAAAUUUGCAGAAACGGAAGGGACCUGAUUUAAAACCAUUUUCUGAACCAUGUGGAACAGAAUGUUACAUGCAUUUGGAGGGAAUGAAGGAGAAACUUGCCGCCCAAGCGGCUGAUAUAAAAGAUGAUGAAAGUGAUGAAAAACGCGGAGGACCCAGAAAAGUACGAAAACAAGCAAGCGUAGAUUCUGGAAAUGAAGCUAGUAGCGAAGAUAGCAACGAUAGCAAUAAAUAUAGUCAGGGAGGUGGUUGUCAAGAUUUAUACGAUGUUGUCGUAUCAGAUUUUAAACAAAACGUCAAUAAAGAAACAAAAUCCGAAGAAUCAAUGGAAGACCAGGCUCAACCAGAAAAUCAAACUCCAUUUACCCUUUUGGGUCUUGAUAAACGAAUAAAAACAGAAAGCGAACCAUCGUGGACAGGUUCAGAACAAAGUUUGUUUCGAGCUCUUCAUAAAGCUUUCCCCGGUAAUCCAUGCGCAUUGGCGCAGAUAAUGCUGACUAAAACCUGUCAGGAAGUAUAUCAAUUCGCACAAAAAGAGGCGUCGGAUAUUCCGGCGGUCGAAAAUUUGAAAGAUUUUACUCCACCGCGAAAGAAAAAAAAGAAACAUCGACUUUGGUCAAUGCAUUGUAGGAAGAUACAGCUAAAAAAAGAUUCUGGUGCUAAUCACGUUCAUAAUUUUGCACCAUGCGACCACCCAGGAAGACAGUGUGACAACUCAUGUCCAUGUAUACAGGCUCAAAACUUUUGCGAAAAGUUUUGCCAAUGCAGUAGCGAAUGUCAAAAUCGUUUUCCAGGAUGUAGGUGUAAAGCUCAAUGCAAUACGAAACAGUGUCCCUGUUACCUAGCUGUAAGGGAAUGUGAUCCAGAUCUAUGUCAGACAUGUGGUGCCGAUCAGUUUCAUAUUACUAAAAUAUCUUGUAAAAACGUUAGCGUUCAACGUGGUCUCCAUAAACAUCUUUUAAUGGCACCAUCCGACGUGGCUGGCUGGGGAAUAUUCCUUAAGGAAUCUGCCGCAAAAAAUGAAUUUAUAUCGGAAUACUGUGGUGAAAUUAUAAGUCAAGAUGAAGCUGAUAGACGAGGCAAAGUGUAUGAUAAAUACAUGUGUAGUUUCCUUUUUAAUCUUAAUAACGACUUUGUCGUGGAUGCCACUCGAAAGGGAAAUAAAAUUAGAUUCGCCAACCAUUCAAUAAAUCCGAAUUGUUACGCGAAGGUAAUGAUGGUAAAUGGUGAUCACAGGAUAGGUAUUUUUGCAAAAAGAGCUAUUCAGCCUGGCGAAGAAUUAUUUUUUGAUUACAGAUACGGGCCGACGGAGCAAUUAAAAUUUGUAGGUAUUGAACGCGAAAUGGAAUUUUUAUAAUAUGAAAUAAAAUCCACUACACGGUAUUGUACAUAACACAAAACGACGAGAAAAAGAAAGUAAGGCAUAAGAAAAAAAAAAUACGAAGAAAAAUAAACAAGGCAAAUAUUUUCCAUGUUGGGUACCUGAUAUAAGUUCACUGAACCAUAAUGUUACAUUUUUUUGUUACAAAUAAAUAAAAGGAAGGAGAAAAUAAGGUGGAACUAAUAAACUUUCAUAACCAAG